AUGGAUGAUCAAGAUAUCGUGGAAGAGAUCAAGAAGAUUCUUGAGAGGUUGGAAGAUAUUAAGAAUGAAAAGGACUUUCUCGAUCCGAAAGAUGGUGUUUGGGAGAGACCAUCGCGGAGGUUGCCUUCGACAUCUCUGUUGGAUGAACCGGAAGUUUAUGGUAGGGAUGAGGUCAAGGAUACCAUAAUCAACUCAAUGCUAUCGGAUGAUGAAGGUGGAAACAGGAAGAUAUGCGUGAUUGCAAUAGUGGGAAUGGGCGGGCUUGGAAAGACUACCCUUGCUCAACUAGUUUAUAGUGAUGAUAGAGUCAAUGAGUACUUUGAACUCAAGGCAUGGGUUUGCGUUUCUGAAGAAUUCGAUGUUUGUAGGGUAACAAAAACACUCCUUCAGUCAGUAUCUUCAUCCUUUUCGGACGAUGUGAUGGACCUGAAUUUGCUUCCAGUUAAGUUGAAAGACCAGUUACAAGGAAAGAAAUAUUUCAUUGUUUUAGAUGAUGUAUGGUGUCAUAAUUCUGCUGAUUUGAAUGUGAUGAGCAAGCCUUUCAAAUAUGGUUCUCAAGGAAGCAAGGUACUGGUAACAACGCGAAGUGAAAGAGUUGCGUCGAUUAUGGGCACUGCGAAAAGUCACCGUCUGAAAGAAUUAACGGAUGAAGCUAGCUGGAAACUGUUUCAAGAGCAUGCAACUGGAAUUAGUGGAGGCUUUACUGCAGAUCCAGAUUUGGAAGCAAUCGGCAGAGAAAUCGUCCAGAAAUGCAAAGGCUUGCCUCUAGCUGUGAAAACACUGGGAGCCCUUUCAGGAUGUACGUUGGAUAUUGAUGAUUGGUUAAGAAUAUCACAAAGUGAAAUUUGGAAGUUACCUGAUGAGGAGAACAAUAUUCUUCCAGCUUUGAGAUUAAGUUACCAUUAUCUCCCUUCACACCUAAAGCGGUGCUUUGCUUAUUGUUCAUUGUUCCCUAAAAAAUUUGAAUACGAAGAGGAGCAGAUGCUCUUAUUAUGGAUGGCAGAAAACCUUUUACCCAAUUCAAGCAGAGACAAGAAAAGAGAAGAGUGGGGUGAAGAGUAUUUCAAUGAUUUGGUAUCUAGGUCGUUUUUUCAGCGAUCGAGUACCGGUGGAUCUAAUUUCUAUAUUUGGAAUAAGCAAUGA